CUAUGUUGAUAAUCUGUAGCUCUAAGUGUUGAGUUAUGUUUGUAACCCGCAGUGUUUAUAUUUCAAAACUUUCAAAGUUGUUUAGUAAAUGUAAGCCGGUGUGGGUGAAUGUGAGAGUCAGGUGUAAGCGUUGAUUGUUGUAACUGCAUUUUCAGUUGCUGGACAUGGUUUUGUUAAACAGAAAAUGAAUAUGCUCCAGUUUCAGGAGACCAAAUUAUAUGGUGUCGAAUGAUAGGAUGGUUAGUGAAUGAAUUGUAAUGAGGAAGAAAGUUGUCAUGGCCUAAUUUGAGGUACUGUCACAAGAUUUGCCUGGAGGACCGAGGAAGAUCGCUGUAAACCACAGUCAGGAUAGCUGGUCUCUGGAUUGAGAUUUGAAUGCUGAACCUGCAAAAUACAAAGCAGGAAUGCACACUGCCUGACUGGGAUAUUCAUGUGUUAUGUUUUAUAAUAUAUGUAUAUUAUCAGUAGAGAAAGUUCUGGAUUGUGUCCAUUCAGUCUGUUGAAAUAUGCUUCACAGAGCUUCCGUGGAAAUGAAGAUACAGUGAACUGUCUCACUACUUCAGAUGUAAUUUAUUCAGAACUACAGCGAAUAUUUAUGAAAAGUAAAGGGAAAGAAGACCGCACCAAAUUAUUGAAACUAGUAGUCUGUUAUGUGACUGUUGUUAGCCCUGUUUCUGAGAAGAGCCUGUCUAUUCAAAUUACGGAUGACGAUGACCCUUUUAUGUUGUACACCCUUGUUAUCAGUGAAGUCGAUUUCCAAGCAAUCAAAGAGCAACAGGGACUUCUUGUUGAGUAUGAUAAAUUUCCUCAGCAGAUGAUAAAGUUACUUCACUUUUGCAACAGUGAUGGGAGCAACUACCAUCUCAUUGUUGAAGAAGCAGUUGGAGAAACAUUUGGGUUGCCCCAAACUGUGAUGAAGAUCAUUGAAACAAACCAAUUCAAACAGCUGUGUCAUCUCUGUCUCAAAAUAAGCAUAGGAACUGAUGCUGAAGUUAAGAAGCACUUGGCUGUUCAACUAAAACUGUUAAAGGAUGCACUGAGUCAUGCAGAAUCUAAAGCUUCUCAGGCAGAAACCCGAGCUGAGGAUCUUUCAAAGAAACUGAAGGUGAAAGAGCAGGAGAUAGAACAACUACAACACCGUUGGCAUGAAGAAAUUAAUAAUGUUCAUCAGCAGACAAAAGACGAAAUAAACAGUGAGCGUGAGAAGCUCAUAAAGGCACAGCAAGACUUGAGGAAGUCUUUUGACAAUGAAAAGAUGCAGUUUCAGGACAUGCUUGCAGAAAAUAAGCGAAGUUUUGAGACACUUCUUGCUGGACUACAGACUGAGAACAAAGCUUUGUUUGAGCAAAGCUGUGAGUCAGAGUCAAAACUGCGUGAACAAGAUACCAAACUGGAUGCCCUAUAUAAAGAAAAUGCUGCAUUGCAGCGGGAAGUAACGGUAUUACGUAGUCAAAAUUCGAAGUUAGAUGCUAACUACCAUGAGAAAGAGAAAAAUUUGAAUUGUUUAAGAACAAGACAUGCAGUGUUGGAACAGGAGCUCAAAGAUAAAGAUGCACUUCUGAAACAACAGCAGGAGUUACUUCAAGUGGCUAAUGAGCAGAAGUCUCUUUUGGAAGAGAACCUGGCAGAGAAAGAUGUCAUCCUUGUAAGAAGACAGACCUCUUUGCAGAACCUUUCAGAAGAAUUUUUGAAAGGCAAUGAGAUAAUUAAAACACUGCAAAAGGAUAUCACCACAUUGAAAUCAAAGAUGAGACUUAGAACCAGAAUUAUAAUGGAGCAGGAAAGUGUGUUGUCCGCAAAAGAGAAGGAGAGAGUUGCAUUGCUUGCACUGGUAGAGGAUCAACGUAAAAAGAUUGAACAGUUGGAAUCUGCAGAGCGUCAACUCUCGGAGUCACUUAAGGCUGAAACUGCUAAGGUUACAGAGAAGGAAGCAAUGAUAAGCAACAAUACAAAUUUAAUUAAUUGGCUGAACAAACGUGUCAGUGAACUGCAGGCAGCUUCUCAAGUGCAGUCAUCUUCAAGGCUUCCUCCAAGUGGUUCUGGUAUAACAACUUCAACUCCUCAUGUGGGUGUGACUUUGGGUCCACAUAGGAUAUUGAAGCUUCAAACAUUAGUGGAAUCAGAAGUACCACGAUCUAGAAGUCCUGGAACUGCAUUAUACCCCAGUACAGAGAGAACACGAGCUCCUAGAGACCUGGAAACAGCAGCAGUGUUAUCUGAUGCUACAGCUCGCCAAAAUCGUGUCUUGGAAGACUCACAAAAUGUAUCUCCUGAAAUGGCACAAGCAAGACAUCAACCAGGGACAAAGACUUUCAAUCCUUCUUCCUAUUUCCCAAAAAAUGUAUCUAAGUUAGUUUCAUUAAGGUAAUAUUUCAUGUACAGUACAUAUGAUAAAAUUAUAUUGUGGGACCAAUAUGAAAACCAUGUUGUUGCCUUGAAACAUUCAGAUUCAAAUACAUAAUUUAACUGACAAAUUUUAAUAGUUAUUUUACAUAAUGCAAAUAUCACUCUAGUGUGUGAAAUAAAAUUAUUUUACAAAAUGA